AUGGUCCUACGUUCGCGUGCCGUACAAGCAUGCGUUGCUGCCGCAACGGUCUUCAGCCCGGCCGUGGAUGCCUUUCCCACGGCCGAGAACUUUGCCAAGCUUGUCGGGCGCUACACCCCCGGCCUCGAUGAUUCUUCUGCCCACUUUGCGAAGAUACAGGAGGAAUUGUUCAAGCUGAAGGAGAAGAGACUUCUUUUUGAUCCGCUGACAGAGCCGAUCGACAUCACCGGAGAACAUGCUUUUGUUCCUCCAGACUUUGACAGCGGUGAUCAGCGUGGGCCCUGCCCUGGGCUGAAUGCCCUGGCCAACCACAACUACAUACCUCACGAUGGUGUUGUCGGAUUUAUCGAUCUCAUUGAUGCUUUGAACACUGUCCUCGGCAUGGGCAUCGAACUAUCCACCAUCCUAGCCAUCAUGGGCACCGUCGGCGUCGGCAACCCAAUCUCCCUGACGCCAGGCUUCUCCAUCGGCGGCGCGCCCCCGGACGACAGCCUCUUCUCGUCCAACAUCCUGGGCAACCUGCUCGGCCUCCUCGGCAAGCCCCGCGGCCUCCAGGGCAGCCACAACUGGAUCGAGGGCGACUCGUCCAACACGCGCGACGACCUGUACGUCACGGGCGACGCGUGGACCAUGAACAUGACGCUGUUCAAGAUGGCGUACGACAGCGCCGAGGGCGACGUCAUCACCAUGGAGGACAUUGGCAACCGCGCCGCGGCGAGGUUCAGGGAGAGCAUUGAGAUUAACCCGUACUUCUACUAUGGGCCUUACACCGGCCUCGUCGCGCGGAAUGCUGGGUAUGCUUUUGCCGGGCGGAUCUUGAGCAACCACUCGACGGAGUUCCCUGGCGGGCAGUUGACCAAGGACGUCUUCAAGUCCUUCUUCGGCGUGACCGAGGGCAAGGACGGCGAGCUGGUCUACAACGCGGGCCACGAGCGCAUCCCCGAGAACUGGUUCCGCACCCCCGUCGACUACGGCCUCGUCUCGCUCAACCUCGACCUCGUCGCCUGGGUCCUGCAGCACCCGGAGCUGGGCAGCGUGGGCGGCAACAUGGGCGAGGUCAACUCGUUCGCCGGCGUCGACCUGCACGACGUGACGGGCGGCCUGCUCAACGCCACCAGCCUGCUCGAGGGCAACAACCUGUUCUGCUUCGCGCUCGAGGUCGUCAAGACGUUCGCGCCCAACGCGCUCGCGCCCCUGUUCAAGACGCUCGAGGUCCCGCUCAAGAUGGUCAACGACGCCGUUGUUGGCCCGCUGCUGGAUAUCGGGUGCCCUGCUUUCCAGGACCUGACUAUGGAGGGGGAUGACUUUUUCACCGGGCUGUCCGGGAAGUAUCCUGGUGCGAACAAGAGUGGCUCUGCGUUGUAG